AUGGCCAAAAGAGUAUGCGUGAUUGGUGCCGGAGCGGCAGGUUUAGUGGCUGCAAAACACGCCGUUAGAGAAGGACAUCAGGUGAGAAAUACCCUCUAAUUAUGUGCCCUCGAACCCGCUGUUCUGCAGGUUGACGUCUUCGAACAGACUGAUAAAGUCGGCGGGACGUGGGUGUACUCGGAGGAGACGGGAUGCCAUUCGAGUAUGUACAAAGUUAUGAAGUGAGUGUGAACGGACGAAGUCACGGAAAGAACGAAGAGUUUCAGAACGAACCUUCCGAAGGAGGCAAUGCUCUUUCAGGAUUUGCCUUUCCGAGAGGAUCUUCCUUCUUUUAUGAGUCACGAAGAUGUUCUCGAGUACUUGGACGAAUACGCAAAGGAUCUUCCUAUUCAGUUCAACGCCAAUGUGAUACAAGUGAAAAGAACGGAAGGUGCAUGGAAGGUUUGUCCGAAAGAUAACAAAAUUGAUGGUCAAAGUAUUCUUUGCUCAGGUUGUAUUGGAGUCGAAUUCUACGAAGACAUUCUAUAUUUACGACGCUGUUUUUGUGUGCAACGGACACUUUUUCGCGCCUUUGAAUCCGUACAACGGCUCGCCGUUCCGCGGGACACUUCUGCACAGUCACGACUAUCGAAAAGCGGACAAUUAUUCUGGGAAGAGGGUUUUGAUUGUCGGAGCAGGUCCGUCCGGCAUCGAUAUCACUCUGCAGGUGGCGCAGACGGCCGCUCAUGUGAGUGUGAAAUCAAAACAGAAGAAGCCGAGAAAACAAGUUGCAGGUGACUUUGAUAAGCAAGAAGGCGACGUACCCGGUACUUCCGAGCACUGUGCUUCAAGUCGCGACUCACGUGAAAAGUGUGGACGUGAGCGGAGUGACGACAAGCGAAGGAGAUCACUUUGAGGCGGAUGUCAUAAUUGUAUGCACGGGAUACGUUUUCAAGGUGAAUGUCGCCAACGGGAGUAAUCGGGGUGUAUUGUUGAGCCAAUACUGAGAAGGUUUUCGAAUUUCAUUUGCUGUUGCAGUUCCCGUUUCUGGAUUCCUCGCUUGUGCAACUCAAACACAACGAUCUGAUGGUUUCUCCGCUUUACGAGCAUCUCUGCCAUGUCGAAUAUCCCUCCUCGCUCUUCUUUAUCGGUAUUCCUCGACGAUCAAGUCGCCGUCACUUCUCUCUCGUUUGCAGGACUUCCAUUGGGAACAAUUACCUUUCCGUUGUUCGAAGUGCAAGUUAAAUACGCGCUGUCUCUGAUCGCCGGAAAGGGAAAACUGCCGACCGACGGAGAGAUUCGCAACUUUGAAGAUGCACGUCUUCAAGGCCUCCAGAAUCCAGCCGCAUUCCACGUUCUGAUCGACGAACAGUGGGAGUACAUGAGGAAACUCGCGAAGAUGGGCGGUUUCUGUGAAUGGAAUUAUAUGGAGACCAUUCGCAAACUGUACUGCUACAUCAUGACGGAACGGAGGAAAAACGUCAUUGGCUAUAAAUCGGUGAACUUUGAACUAAGCCCAGACUCUUCUGAUUUCCAAGUGAUUGCUCUAUAA